AUGACAAUCGCGGGCGUCACCGUUAUAGACACGCCGCUGGUCCGUGAUGCACAAGCCUUCGCUCGCGACCACACCAUUGAUUCUAUUUACAACCAUGUCAUGAGAUCCUGGUUGCUGUCGACUAUCAUAAUCAACAGCAAUGAGACUCUCCGCGAGAUCAUUGAUCUGGAAGUGCAUGCGGUAGCCUCUCUCCUUCAUGAUAUCGGUCUAGACCCAGCUGUGAACUCUUCAGUUGUUACCCCAGAUCGGCGAUUUGAAGUCGACGGCGCUUUCGCCGCAAGACAGUUCGUUGAGGAGCACAAGAUUGGCCAAGCAUGGGACAGUCACCGACUGCAAUUACUGUGGGAUUCUAUUGCUCUGCAUUCCACUUUCACCAUCGCCGAUUACAAAGAGCCCGAGGUGCAGCUUGUGAGCAAAGGUGCAGUGACAGACUUUUUGGGGCCAUCGCUGCCAAUAACACAGUCUGACUGGAACGCACUGGUCGAACAAUUCCCACGCACCAGCUUUGGCUCUAAUUUCAAUGAGUCCAUUAUUCAUCUUUGCAUGACUAAACCGGACACAACUUACGACAAUUGGAUGCAGCCAUUUGGUGAUCGAUAUGCAGCCGGUUACUCGUCGAAGGGUCACGACUUGAUCGAUUUUCCGGUUCAUCCUUAA